AGCGACCAGCUAGCUUAUACCCUCCUAUUCUCUUCACCAACUUAUAGCUGCUUGUUUCCUUCACAUUUAGAAUACCAAACUUGAAAGGAGAGAUCAUGUCUCAGCAGGUUGGGAAGGUAGAUAUUGAAGUAGAAAUCAAGGCAUCUGCUCGUGCAUUUUACGAGGUUCACACCGAAAGAUUAUAUGACUCACCAAAACUUUGCCCUCACUAUAUUCCGAGGGUUGAUUUAGUUGAAGGUGGAUGGAGAGAUGUGGGUUCUGUUAUGGACUGGUAUCUCCUCUGGGAGGGGAAAACUGUAAUUUCAAAGGAGAUAUAUGAGCACAAAGAUGAUGAAAAAUUGUCAGUCACUUUCAAAGUAAUAGGAGGAUUACUGAUGGAGGCGUUCAAAAGUUUCAAGUUCAUUAUUCAAGCCACUCCAAAGGAUAAGGGCGGAUGUUUGGUCCGCUGGACACUUGAAUAUGAGAAACUGAAGGAGGAUGUUCCAGAUCCAAAAGAAAUGCUUCACUUUGCAGCUGAUCUUACCAAAGAGAUGGAUGCCAAUCUUGUCGGCCACUAAGACCUCUACAUAUAAAAAUAUCAUUAAUAUUAAAGAUCGGAUUUCAAUAAGACCAUGCAUACAUGCACCAUGCAGUGUUGGUCAUGUUGUCAUGAUGUUAAUGAUUUUGUCAUCUAUGCUUCUGUAUGUACUGAUCAUUUUAUGGAAUAAAAUAAUGCUCGCCGCUUUAUCAUGUGUUAUAGCUAGGGAUUAUUGA